GAAAAGAAAAAAAGAAUUUCUCUCUCCUCUUUCCCCCAUCCUAUAAUCUCUCAAAUCCAAUACGGAGUUUCCACAGUGGGCCUCUCUCUCUCUCUCUCUCUCUAACCAUCUCUCUCUCUUCUCUCUCCUGCGCCCGCCCAUGCAUGGUUUUCUCUCCCUCUAACAACAUUCUCAACAAGGUUUCCUCCUCCUCCUCCGGGCGUUCGUUAAUCCUCCUCUCUCAUCAGUAAAUCAAUAAUGGGCAUCUGCUGCUCCCGGAGCAACGCCGACGACGUCCCGCCGGACCCCUCCACCGACAUCGCCCCCUCACCCGGCGACUCCAGCACCAAAAACCCGACCACGCCGCCGCGCUCGCAGCCGCCCCCCGCCUCCUCCCCGAGCCAGUCGACGAAGCCGGCCAAGCAGACCCCGAUGGGUCCCGUCCUCGGCCGGCCGAUGGAGGACAUCCGGGCCACGUACACGAUCGGGAAGGAGCUGGGCAGGGGCCAAUUCGGCGUCACGCAUCUCUGCACACACAAGCAAUCCGGCGAACAGUUUGCGUGCAAGACGAUCGCGAAGAGGAAACUGGCGAACAAGGAGGAUAUCGAGGAUGUGCGGAGGGAGGUACAAAUCAUGCACCACCUCACCGGCCAGGCGAACAUCGUCGAGCUCAAGGGCGCCUACGAGGACAAGCACUCGGUGCAUCUCGUCAUGGAGCUCUGCGCCGGCGGCGAGCUUUUCGACCGUAUCAUCGCUAAGGGCCACUACACCGAACGCGCCGCCGCUUCCCUUCUCCGGACCAUCGUCCAGAUUGUGCACACGUGCCAUUCCAUGGGCGUCAUCCAUCGGGAUCUCAAGCCCGAGAACUUCUUGCUCUUGAAUAAGGACGAAAACGCCCCCCUCAAGGCCACCGAUUUCGGCCUCUCCGUCUUCUACAAAGAAGGAGAGCUAUUCAAAGAUAUAGUGGGGAGUGCAUAUUACAUAGCACCAGAAGUGCUUAAGAGAAGAUAUGGUCCAGAAGUUGAUAUCUGGAGUGUUGGUGUCAUGCUCUACAUUCUUCUUUCUGGUGUUCCUCCUUUCUGGGCAGAAUCAGAGACUGGGAUAUUCAAUGCUAUACUAAGGGGGCACAUCGAUUUCUCAUCGGACCCGUGGCCUUCGAUUUCAAGCGGAGCUAAGGACCUCGUUAGGAAGAUGCUCAAUUCCGACCCCAAGCAGAGGCUCACUGCUUCACAAGUCCUAAGUCAUCCGUGGAUCAAGGAAGAUGGAGAGGCACCUGAUACACCGCUUGACAACGCUGUUCUCAACAGGCUCAAACAGUUCAGAGCUAUGAAUAAAUUCAAGAAAGUUGCACUGAGGGUUAUUGCCGGUUGCCUGUCGGAGGAAGAAAUCAUGGGACUGAAAGAAAUGUUCAGAGGCAUGGAUACAGAUAGUAGUGGUACCAUAACGCUCGAAGAGCUGAAGCAAGGAUUGUCGAAGCAAGGAACUAAACUAACCGAAUCUGAAGUCAAACAGUUGAUGGAAGCUGCUGAUGCUGACGGGAAUGGGACCAUAGACUACGAAGAAUUCAUUACAGCAACAAUGCAUAUGAACAGAAUGGACAGAGAAGAACAUCUUUACACAGCAUUCCAGUAUUUCGACAAAGACAACAGCGGGUACAUUACCAUAGAAGAACUAGAGCAGGCUCUCAGGGAGUUUGGCAUGGGCGACGACAAGGACAUUAAGGAAAUCAUCUCUGAAGUCGAUGCUGAUAAUGAUGGUCGGAUCAACUACGAUGAAUUUGCAGCUAUGAUGAAGAAAGGUAACCCAGAUAUGGUAGCAAAUACCAAGAAAAGAAGGUCUGGGGUCUUUACUUCCUAGUUUGCAGAAGGCCAACAUUAGGAGGAGAUGAACUUUAUUUAUAUAAAUAUAUAAACAUAUAUAAAAAAAAUGUAUAUUACCUCAAUUUCUUCAUCGAAGGAAGGCAUAUUUACUGCAGGUCUCGGAGUUAUUAAUCUGUGAUAGGCUUUAUGUAUAUUGUAUAUAUCUUUAUAUAAUAUAUAAAAUCAUGUAUAUUUAUUAAUGUCUUUCAAGAGCUAAAAUUUGAGGGAAAAUUGCUUUAGGCUUCUUUUGGUUGGUUCACUUCGUUUGUUACUUGACCGGCGCAAUCAUGUUGUUUGGUUACGUAUUUCCAAAUUGAACCCCGUUUCCAAUUUGCCAGACAUAAGGUCUCAACUCUCAUCUCAGUCGCAGAAAAUUUUAUAUGAAAACUUGACAGAUAUUCGAGUUUACUUUGAAACUGCA